AUGGUCAACCAAAAGGCCCAAUCCGCCGUGGAGAAGUCUCUCGAUGGCGUGACAGGUGAUAAAUCCACUGGUGUCGCCGGUCUGGUCUUCGUCGCCGUCGGCAAAGAUGGUAAGAACAUCGCCGCCCACGCAUCUGGGAAGCUUGGCCUCGGGAGCAAAGAGCCCAUGACCCUCGACACUGUCUUCUCGAUCUUCAGCUGCACAAAAGCAUUGGCCGGAAUCGCUUGUAUGCAGGCCGUUGAGCAAGGUAAACUCAGUCUGGACGACCACAAGCAAGUCUACAAGCUGUGUCCUGAGCUCGAGAAGGUCAAGGUUCUUCAGGAUGAUGGUACUCUUGUCGACAAGAAGAACGAUAUCACUCUCCGCAUGUUGCUGUCUCACACCGCUGGAUUUGGCUACGAGUUCUUCAACCCAAAAUUGAGGGAUUAUGGUCGACCAAUCGGAUUUGGUGUCCUAGAUGCCGAUAUUCGUAGCAUCCUUCGUAUGCCGUUGGUGAAUCAACCAGGCUCGAGAUGGGAAUACGGAAUUAACAUCGACUGGGCCGGCAUCAUGCUUGAACGAGCCACUGGUAUGAAGUUGAACGACUGGAUGCAACAAUACAUCAUGCAGCCUCUCGGUCUGAAGAACAUCAACAUGCUGCCUACCGAGGAUAUGAAGAAGCGGCUCGCGUAUACGCAUCAACGCUGGCCCGGCGGGAAAGAAGCCGAGGUGCGCGACCAUGUCUACCGCGAGCCGUUGCUGGCAGAAACCCAAGAGGAGAAGGACCGCAUCUUCCAUAGCGGUGGCGCGGGUUGUUUUGGGACGCCAGUAGAGUAUGUCCAGGUUCUAGCGGCACUGUUGAAUGAUGGGACGAGUCCAACUACGGGUGCACAAAUCCUGAAGCCAGAGACCGUGAAGGAGAUGUUCGAGAACCAGGUGACUCAGUUUGUGAGUAAUCCCAUGAUUGAGACAAUAUGCUAG